GCCGCAACGGUUUCGCAAGACAUGGAGCUGUGGGCCACCGGUUUCAAUGCGUGGGGUCAGCUUGAUUUCCAGGGCGAAUCCUCUCUCGCACCUGCGGAUUUAAGGACUUUUAAGUGUAUCCUCCGAAGCAAACACCUCGAGAUGCUUCGGACCAGUUUAUCAGCCACAUUGGUAAGGACAUCAUCAGGCAUAAAAGCAGCAGGUAGUCUCGAUGCCGUCUUUCAACUAUGUCUCACCCAAAAGGAUGGGUUCCGAAAAGUAGCCAUUGCAGGCAACGAAAAAUUCGCUGAAACCCAAGGGAAGUUCAUCAAAGAAUACCGUUCUCUCAAAUCAUAUAUCGAUGGUGACGGCCAUCACCUCGGAGAGUUUGAGUGUUUUGAGCAGAUAGCCGCAAAUCAGACGACGUUCACUGCUCUCUCGAAGAAUGGGAAAGUUUGGACGUGGGGUGAUGGACGAUAUGAGUCUUGUCUUGGACGGGAGGUUUCAGAAGAGACCCCAGCACAGCUACCAUCCAUAGUGAAAGACCUCUCAGAUCUACCGACCGGCCCAAUCAGAAAGAUAUCCUCGGGUGGCUAUGUGACAGCUGCCUUAACUUCUGGCAAUGAUUUAUAUCUCUGGGGCGGAUGUCCUGGUCAGUCGAAAAUCCUGGAUCAAUUCAGUGGAAUGCCAGAGCCUAUUGAUUUGGAUGGACAAGAUGUUCUUGAUGUGGCGGUUGGAGCAGAUCAUAUUCUUGCCCUGACAACUGAGCAUAGGCUGUAUGUUGUUGGUGCUAAUAGGAAUGGACAACUUGGUUUGGAUGUGAAGGAGCUGUCUGAAUUGGGGGAGAUAGCCUUGCCUCUUGGGGGGAAACAGAUUGUCAGCGUUCAUGCGGGCUACAAAAACUCCUUCCUGCUCGUAGAGGAUAUCACUUAAUGACAGAGUCCGAAUGUACUCUAAUUUGGUAUCUCAUUUCUUCCAUUUUGUCAUCUUAUGCCAUUCUAUAAUACACCGUGCCAUCUUGAGUUGCACAACGUCCAAAUUACCAGAUGCAUUGCGGAAGAGAGAAAAUCAUAGAUUCGUAAGGUAAUCCUCGAUCUCUUGAGGGCUCAGCUUUCUAAAUCUUGGUCCUUGUGCACCUUCAACUCCCUCAACGCCAAGCAGGUGGUGAGCCGGG